AUGGGCAAUAGAAUUUGUAAUUGCUAGCAUCAAGCUUAUAAUGAUGAUAAGGAGACCGAAGUGGAACCCAGAGUAAUUCUAUUUAAGUUUGAUAUAAUAUAGAAACUAAGAGAAGUAAAGAGUCUAGAAGAGCUAAAAUUAACUGCAAGUGACUUUAUUGCUUUUCAUAAGGGGAGAUUCUUAGAUUAUUAUGAGAUCGGUUAAAUUCUAGGAGAAGGUGCUUACGGUUAGGUUUAUGAAUGUACUAAUAAACAAACAAAGGCAAAGAGAGCAGUAAAAGCAAUGCUUAAAACUGGUUUCUAUAAUGAAGAAGAAAGAGAAAGAUUCUAAACAGAAGUCUCUCUACUUAAACAUAUGGACCAUCCUAACAUACUGAAAUUAUAUGAAGUUUUCUAGGAUGAUGCAAGAUACUAUGUUGUAACAGAAAUAUGCCAAGGUGGAGAACUGUUUGAUGAGAUUAUCAAGCGUAAAUUCUUCUCUGAGAAAGAUGCAGCUGAUAUUAUGACUCAGUCGCUUAAGGCAAUAAUCUAUUGCCACUCUAAUGAUAUUUGCCACAGAGAUUUAAAGCCAGAAAAUAUUUUAAUUGAAAGUAAAGGCAGCGUUAAAGUCAUAGAUUUCGGAACUGCUAUGACUUUUAAUCCAUAAGUUGGAAUGAACACAAUGAUUGGCACUCCAUACUAUAUGGCACCUGAGAUUCUUAAGAGUCAGAGAUAUGAUGAAAAAUGUGAUGUUUGGAGUCUAGGUGUAAUUCUAUAUUGCUUGCUGACUGCUUGGUUAGUUUUGGCAGAUAGAAGUGUGUCUUAGGAGGCUUAGGAUCUCAUAUCUAAAAUGCUGAUACUUGAUCCAAAUGAAAGAAUAAGUGCUAAAGAUGCAAUUCAGCAUGAUUGGUUUCAUAAGGAAAGUAAUACUAAAUCUGUUGAUCUAAACCAUACAAGAGAAUCCUUGAGAAACCUUGCAACAUUUAGUUUGGUUACCAAUGAAGAGAUUCAGAGUACAAGAGAAAUAUUCUAAGAGCUGGACACUAACAACGAUGGCAAACUAUCAAGAGAUGAAUUGAUUGUUGGCUAUAAGAAAAUUUAUGGAGAAUUUGCUGAGGAGUAAGUUGACAAGAUUUUGAGGUUAGCCGAUAUUGAUGGAAGUGGAGAGAUCGAUUAUUCUGAAUGGCUUAUAGCUACGAUAAAUAGAAAAAAUCUAGUUUCAGAAGAUAAAAUAAAGCAUGCUUUCAGCUUUUUUGACAAAGACGGAAGUGGUUCUAUAUCAGUAGAGGAAUUAAAAGAAGUUUUAGGAGUCAAGAAUAGACUGGUAGAUGACAUAGUUUGGAAUUAACUGAUUUAAGAGGUAGACACUGAUGGUAAUGGUGAGAUUGAUUAUGAUGAGUUUAAAUACAUGAUGAAUAAACUCAUAGAUGGUGAAAUUCAAAGAAGAUUCACUAAAGCAAGAUCUCCUUCUCCUGAUAUCCGUGCUCCAAGCGUUUGA